AUGUACAGGGUUUGGCCCAAAAUAACCUCGAGCUCGCUGUCUGCAUUCCUGAAUUCCCAACUCCUACGGCCGGCCGAGGCCGGGGCCUUACAAGCCAUCACAGGCCCAGGGGCGCGAAAAGGCAGAGGUCCCCGUGGCCCGAGACCACUGUCCCGACUCCAGGAAAGCGCCGCGUCCUCGGGCAGGCCUGGGCCGCCUCUCGCCUCGCCCUCCUCAGGCUGUGCCACCAACACUGUCCCUACGCUUCCCACGUCCCUCCCAGGAUCCCCGGCCGCCAGCCGCACUUACUGCCUAAAGCCCAGACCCCCGCCCUGGCCAAAACGCGAAGCGAACGAACCCGCCCCAACUGGGCGCCGCCAUGUUGGCGAGGGCGGGUCUCCAGAAAGUGAUUUAUGGAUCGUGGACUGUGCUUCCCAGGAUGCCCCGCUGGAGCGCCGGCCUCUCGCGCGGGGCCUUAUGGGAAAUGUAGCUCCUCUGUUCCAAGAGUUUGGGAACUGGAACGGGAGCGGGAAAGGUGAGCUCGCUUACAAGUCGGCUGGAUGGAAUGGCCUCCUUCCCCUAUCUGUGUGUCUACUGCUGACCUGUGGCUUUGCCAAGGCAGGGAAGCUGCUGGUAGUGCCCAUGGAUGGGAGCCACUGGUUCACCAUGCGGUCGGUGGUGGAGAAACUCAUUCUCAGGGGGCAUGAGGUGGUCGUAGAUGCCAGGGGUGAGUUGGCAACUGAGAAGAUCACUGAAUUGCACAGUGAAGACUUAUUCUACCUCGCACACCUUGAGGAUCUGGACCGGGAGUUCGUGGCUUUUGCCAAUGCUCAAUGGGAAGCAGAAGUACGAAGCUUAUUUUCUCUAUUAAUGAGUUCAUCUAAAUGUUUGGAAUUUAGUUUUUCACAUUGCAGGAGUUUGUUUAAUGACCAAAAAUUAGUAGAAUACUUAAAGGAGAGGUCUUUUGAUGCAGUGUUUCUGGAUCCUUUCGAUCUUUGUGGCUUAAUUGUUGUCAAAUAUUUCUCCCUUCCCUCUGUGGUCUUCACCAGAGGAAUAUUUUGUCAUUAUCUUGAAGAAGGUACACAGCGCCCUGCUUCUCUUUCCUACAGCCCUAGAUAUGUCUCAGAGUUUUCAUAUGCCAUGACUUUUAAGGAGAGAGUAUGGAACCACAUCAUGCACUUGGAGGAACAUUUGUUUUGCCCCUAUUUUUUAAAAAAUGUCUUAGAAAUAGCCUCUGAAAUUCUCCAAACACCUGUCACGGAAUAUGAUCUCUACAGCCACACAUCAAUUUGGCUGUUGCGAACGGACUUUGUUUUGGACUUUCCCAAACCCGUGACGUCCAACAUGGUCUUCAUUGGUGGUAUCAACUGCCAUCAGGGAAAGCCAGUGCCUAAGAAGGGCAGGCUGUGUCUUGGAAAAGCAUACAGUUUGCUGAAUCUUGCUGGACAACAGGAGUGGUAG